AUGGGCAACCUUUUCGAUAGCGAGUCAAUGUGCAACCUUUUCGAUAGCGAGCCAAUGGGCAAUCUUUUCGAUAGCGAGCCAAUGGGCAACCUUUUCGAUAGCGAGCAAAUGGGCAACCUUCUCGAUAGCGAGCCAAUGGGCAAUCUUCUCGAUAGCGAGCCAAUGGGCAACCUUUUCGAUAGCGAGUCAAUGGGCAACCUUUUCGAUAGCGAGCCAAUGGACACUCUUUUCGAUAGCGAGCCAAUGGACACUCUUUUCGAUAGCGAGCCAAUGGGCAGCCUUUUCGAUAGCGAGUCAAUGGGCAGCCUUUUCGAUAGCGAGCCAAUGGGCAGCCUUUUCGAUAGCGAGCCAAUGGGCAACCUUCUCGAUAGCGAGCCAAUGGGCAACCUUUUCGAUAGCGAGCCAAUGGGCAACCUUUUCGAUAGCGAGCCAAUGGGCAACCUUUUCUAUAGCGAGCCAAUGGGCAACCUUUUCGAUAGCGAGCCAAUGGGCAACCUUCUCGAUAGCGAGCCUUGCAGCAACGCACAACAUGCAUGCUGCACUUGCCAUCUUGUUGUGUCACCACUUAAAAUUCGGAAAGGAGAAUGGGGGAAUUGCACGCUCCCUUAA